AGCUGGAGUUACUUAUUCGUACUCAUCCUUUCAAUAUAAUGAAAGUAGAUCAGACUAUGUCACAAAAUAAACCAGCGCAAAUCGUGUCAAUUAAACUUAAACACUUUUAAGUCAAGCAUUUUAACGUCAAAUUAGAAAAAAAUGAAGAACAUAGUUAUAGUGAUGUUAAUUUUUUUAACAACAAGCCGCUAUGGAAGUUGUGCAAAAAUUUUGGGCAUCUUUGGCGCUCCAGGACGUAGCCACUACAUCCUUGGCAGUACCCUCCUGAAAGCUUUAGCCGAGAAAGGUCACGACGUCACCAUGGUUAGUUCCUUGGGUGAGAAAGAACCACCAAAAACCAAAGGAACGUACCGCGACAUAGUCGUCACAGAAAUCAUGAAAAAAGUGGAAGAAGUGGAGAAGCAACAAAGACCGAAGAUGUCCGAUUGGGAAAAUAUGAACCUGUUCAUUGCAACCGUGUUCAUGGGACACACGAUGUCCAAAAUAAUGGAACCGUUGUUAUGGGACGACAAAAUCCAAAACCUGAUUUACUCAAACGAGAAAUUUGAUGUCGUGAUAGUAGAACAAUUUUUGAAUGACGCACAAAAAGCACUAGCGAUUCAUUUCGGGGCCCCGUUAAUAGUGAUGAGUACCGUGAGGGCGAACUCUUGGGUGAACACGUUAGUCGGGAAUCCUGCCCCUGCGUCCUAUAUCCCGAUGUUACUGACAGACUAUUCGGUCCCCAUGACGUUUAGUGAGCGACUUUUGAAUGGGAUUUUGUCCGUAAUGACGGAAUUAUUUUACCAUUUUUAUGUAUACCCUAACGAGAAUCACAGAAUUAAAAAGUACAUACCGAAUGGAGUUGAUAUUUCUGACGUACUUUACAAUGUUUCACUCGUUUUGAUGAACUCUCACCCGAGUCUAAACCAACCUGUGCCGUACGUACCCAACAUGAUCGAUAUUGGAGGGUUUCACGUACAACCACCAAAGAAACUCCCUCAAGACUUGCAAGAGUUUUUAGACAACGCGAAAGACGGUGUCGUCUAUUUCAGCAUGGGUUCUAAUUUGAAAAGUGCUGAUUUUCCACCAGAGAAACGGGACGCGAUUUUGAGGACGUUGUCGAAGUUGAAGGAACAAGUUUUGUGGAAAUGGGAGGAGGAUGUUCUGCCUGGGCAGCCGAAGAAUGUUAAAUUGUCUAAGUGGCUGCCCCAACAAGAUAUCCUAGCGCAUCCAAAUGUGAAACUUUUUAUUACGCAUGGGGGUUUUUUGAGUACCACUGAGACCGUUUACCACGGGGUACCCAUUUUGGCGAUUCCGAUAUUCGGUGACCAAAAAUUAAACGCCAAAACUGCUAUGAACAACGGUUUUGGUCUUAUGUUACCGUAUAGUGAAAUUACUCAGGACAGGCUUACGCAGACUAUUCAAGAAGUUUUAAAUAAUCCUAAGUAUAGAAAUAACGUGAAAAAGAGGUCGGAAAUUUUCCAUGACAGGCAGGUGAGUCCAAUGGAGACUGCAAUAUACUGGAUCGAGUACGUGAUUCGGCAUAAAGGAGCGCCACACCUGAGAGUCGCAGCUCUUGAUCUACCGUGGUACAAAUAUUACCUGUUAGACGUAAUUGGUUUUCUAUUUUUAGUUAGUUUGGUUAUUGGAUGUAUUUCGUACUAUUCAGUCAGAGCGGUUUGUAGAAAAAUAUGUAACAAACAGAAGGGUAAAAAAUUAAAGCAGACGUAAAUUAU